AGUCCGGAACCCACGCCCAAAUCAAAAAGAAGCGGACGCCCCCCAAAAAGUUCAAAACUUUCCAAAACAUCGUGUGCGCGGCUGCAUCGCCGCCCACCCGCCUCAUCGCAUUCACAACUCUCGCCUAAAAGGCUAAAACCCUUCCUCCGCCGGCCGAACCCGUCUGGAUUCGCCAAUGGAGUUCCCCCGCCGCGGCCAAUCCUCCCAUCCCGCCGACGCCGACGACGACGACCGCCGCCGCCUCCGCUUCCCUGACUCCACCCCGCCGAGCGGACGCGAAGCUAGGCCGGCUCCGGCGCAGGGGGACGCGGUGACGGCGGCGCUGGGGCGGCGGAGGGAGGAGCUGCUGUGGGAGCUCCACAAGACGAAGAUCCACCGGGAGAUGCUCCUGUGCCAGCUGGUCGAGACGGAGCGCGCCAUGGCGGCGCGCCUCGCCGCGGCCCGCGGCCACCCCGCCACGCCACCGCUCCCGUGGCCGCAGGGCGACCUGCUCCCGGCGCGGGAGUACGCGUGGCGGAGCACGCCGUGGGAGGAGCAGGCGAACGCGAACGCGAACGCGCACGCGCACGGUGCCCUCUCGGCGCCGCGCUCUGGUGACGAGGAGAUCACCCCGUGGUGGCGCCGGAGCCCGUCGGCAGUGACACCCCCGGUGUACCCGCACGUGGAGCGCUCUCCGUCGCCGCCGAUUGCGCGGGGAUGGCCGGCCGACGAUGACGAGCGGCAGGAACGUGGGGAGCCAUCCGGGUCGCCGGCGAUGGCUCCUCCGGUGCGGCAUGCACCUCAUGUCGAACAGUCCACACCAGUGCCGAUCAAGUCGCCUGCGGCGGAGGCCGUUUGUAUGCCAUCUGGGUCACCGGCGAUGGCUCCUCCAGUGCAGCCUGCUCCUCAUGUCGAGCAGUCCACACCAUUGCCGGCCAAGGAGCCUGCGGCGGUGGCGAAGGUGGAGGCAGAUGCCAUUGUCCAGACUGCGGCCAAUGCUGAUGCCGACCAGGCGUUGCUCGGCAAGGGGGCGACACCAGGAGGGCAAGGUUGCACUGGUCAGAAGGGUGAGGAAGGUGAUUUCGCCAUCGACGGCCAUGGCAGGCAGCUGUUGGGUGAGAUGAAUGUAAGCAAGAGCACCGAGCAGCCAAAACCUACAGAAUCCAUCUCUGGAGGCCACACCGAUGAACUUGUCCAGAAGCGUUAUCAAGAUAAUAAGCCGGCAGAUCAGGAGAUUGCAACAUUGGACAAGCAGAAGCGAGUAGGUUCCAAUGAUGAGCUUACACCAGAAAGGAGAUCCUCUGGUGUGAAGAGGCAGCUGGCUUCAGGAACCUCACUGGCAAAGAAGCCGAGGUCCCAGGGGAGCUCCAUCACUUGCUCCCUCUGCAAGGUCACCAUGACUUCUCCCAGGGCGCUGGUUGAGCACCGGGCAUCCCUCCUGCACCGGUCUAACCUCGCGCCAUUGCGAUCGGGGAACAAGGCCACCACUGAAGCUGCGCAGCCCGCGGAGAAGAAGACCGAGAAGCCAGAGGCAUCUGAAUGGAACAGCAGUGCACACCACCACCAGAAUCGGAUGUACUACUGCGAUAUAUGCGAAGUGAGGUGCAGCAGCGAGAAGAUGAUGGCGUCGCAUCUCGCCGGGAAGAGGCACAGGGAGCGGCACAACUCCAUUUUCAUGUAAUGAUGAUGGGACACAGUACAAGCUUGCCGCUUUGCCGCAGACCUGCAGCAGUGCAAAAAAUACCAUUUUGUUUGAAGGAAAGAUUGUUUAGGCCAUGUUUGUUUAGGUUUAUACGAUCGGUUUAUGAGAAGUUUAAGUCUAAACAAACAAAUCAAUUUAUUGGUUCGGCUUUUUUAAGCCAUAAGAAAAAACUACAUGUCACAGUAGUUUUUUGGGAUUAUGGAAAGUGUAUUUUUUACUCGACCAUUAAA